GGAAGAACACGGGCAAUAAAACUCUAAAUCCGGAGGGAAUUACCCUAACGCGUUCUCCGGAGUUCUGAGAGGAACAGACGUCACACCACCAGCGCUCAGUGCGGAGUGUUCGGGGACUGUUUAGGGCUUCACUACCUUUUAUUGGGAUAAAUAUAUAAAUAAAUAACUCCAGCGUCGCAGAAAUUCUACGUCACAUCUGAGUGGCAGCGAUGGCGAGCGGCUGUGGGUCAGUGCAGAGCUCUCUACUGGGGAACGAGUGUUACUCAGACUUCCUGAGCGAGGAGUUCGAUGUGAAGACGUACACGGCCCACGCCAUCCACCACGCGGUGAUCGCUGAACAGCUGGCCAAACUCGCCGAGGGCAUCAGUCAGCUGGACACGGAGCUCCACUCGCAGGUUGUGGCGAGACAUGAAGACCUCCUCGCUCAGGCUACAGGAAUAGAGUCGCUCGAAGGUGUCCUUGAAAUGAUGCAGGCACGGAUUGCUGCGUUACAGAGUGCUGUAGACAGGAUAAAGACCAAAAUCGUGGAUCCCUAUAAUAAGAUUGUGGCUCGGACUUCACAGCUCGCUCGACUGCAGGUGGUGUGUGACCUCCUGAGGAGGAUUAUCCGGAUCCUGUAUCUGAGUAAACGGCUGCAGGGUCAGCUCCAGGGAGGAAGCCGUGAACUGACCAAAGCUGCACAGAGCCUGAACGAGCUGGACUACCUGUUCCAGGGGGUGGACCUGUCUGGCAUUGAGGUCAUUGAAAACGAUCUGCUGUUUAUAAGCCGUGCCCAUCUGGAGGUGGAGAACCAAGCCAAAAGACUUCUAGAGCAGGGCAUGGAGAUACAGAACCCGUCUCAGGUGGGAACAGCGCUUCAGGUCUUCUAUAACCUGGGCAGUCUGAGGGAGACGAUCCUCAGCGUGGUGGAGGGGUACAAGACGUCUGUCCACGAGAGCGUCACCAGUGCCCUGGACAUUAAAGUCCUCACUCAGCCUGCUAACGUUAGAGGUGCCCCAGGCCGAGCCAUCAUGCCCACACCAGGUAACACCGCUACCUUCCGUGCUGCUCUGUGGACCAACCUGGAGAAGAUGAUGGACCAGAUAUGUGCCGCUUGUUCUCAGGUGCAGCACCUGCACAAGGUCCUGACCAAGAAGAGAGACCCUGUCACUCACGUGUGUUUCAUGGAUGAGUUCAUCAAGGACGGUCAGUCAGACAUCAUGUACAUGUUCUGGGACUCGAUCACACAGAUGCUCUCGGUGGAGCUCCAGAAAAGCACAGAAGCCUCCACGUUCCUGAAGCAGGCUCUGGAGGGAGAGUUCCCCAAACUCCUGCGUCUGUAUAACGAGCUGUGGAAGCGUCUCCAGCAGUACAGCGCUAACAUGCAGGGCAUUCUGGGUAACGGAGCCGCAGGGCUGGACGUAGACAUGACCGUCUCAGAGGCGGACACACAGGACCUCUUCACACACACCAAACCCGAUUACGAUCUGGAAAAGGCCCUAAAGUCCUCCCUCCAGCCCUAUGAAGCGGCGUACCUGUCCAAAUCACUCUCACGCCUGUUCGACCCCAUCAACCUGGUGUUUCCACAGGGGGGUCACGCUCCUCCCUCCACUGAUGAAAUGGACAGCGUUCUCAAAACCAUCGCCAGUGAGCUGAACGUGUCCCUGGUGGACCCUGGCCUGACCAUCGCUGUGACCAAGAACAUCACCAAGACCGUGCAGCUGUUCUGUGUGAAGUCUGAGCACCUGCUGUGUACACAGGGCGAUGCCAGCCAGGUGAUCGGACCUCUGACUGAAGGACAGAGGAGAAACAUAGCAGUGGUGAACUCACUCUAUCACCUGCAGCAAUCUCUGACUAAAGUAAUAUCCACGCUUCCUUCCUUUCCUCCAGCUGCAGAACAAAUACUUAUAUCAUCUUUAGAGGCAGUGCAGGCUCUGAUGGACAGCGCAGUGCAGCCGCUCUUACUGUCUGUUACAGACUCUGUGGAAGCCAUUCUCCUCACCAUGCACCAGGAGGACUUCUCCAGUCCCCUCUCAGCUGGAGAGAAGCCGGACAUGCCGUGCUCCCUGUACAUGCGCGAGCUGCAGGGUUUCAUAUCGCGGGUGAUGAACGAUUACUUCUGCCACCUGCAGUCAGUGGACUUCCUGUACGACCGGACCGAGGCCAUCGCCCAGCGCGCCAUCACGCUCUUCAUACGCCACGCCUGCCUCCUGCGGCCGCUCGGUGAGGGCGGCAAGAUGAGACUGGCCGGGGACUUCGCCCAGAUGGAACUGGCUGUGGCUCCACUCUGCAGGAGAAUAUCAGACCUGGGGAAGGUGUACCGCCUGCUGCGCUCCUUUAGGCCUCUUCUGUUCCAGACUAGUGAGCACAUAUCCAGCAGUCAGGCGGUGGGUGAUCUGAUUCCCUACAGCACCAUCCUGCACUUCCUGUUCUCCCGCGCCCCGGCGGAGCUCAAGUCUCCUCACCAGAGGGCCGAGUGGUCUGUCGCGAGGUUCUCCCAGUGGCUGGAUGAUCAUCCAUCUGAGAAGGACCGCCUCGUCCUCAUCAGGGGAGCUCUGGAGGCGUACGUGCAGUCUGUGAAAGCCAGACAGGGGAAGAACUUCGCCCCGGUGUAUCCCAUCAUGCUCCAGCUCCUGCAGAAGGCGUCCGGUGGAGGGGUGGAGAGAUGAGAGGGG